CAGUGCGCAGGCGCGGGCGGUCCCGGCCGUUCUUGUUGUGGCCUGGUCGGCUUUGCCCGUUGGCCGGCUCGGGAUGGCGGCCUUUGGUGUUCUCAGCUAUGAGCACCGCCCGCUUAAGCGCCCGCGCCUCGGCCCGCCCGACGUCUACCCGCAGGACCCCAAACAGAAGGAGGAUGAGCUGACUGCCCUGAACGUCAAGCAAGGCUUCAAUAACCAGCCAGCGGUCUCUGGGGAUGAGCACGGCAGUGCCAAAAAUGUCAAUUUCAACCCAGCAAAGAUCAGUUCAAAUUUUAGCAGUAUUAUUGCAGAAAAGCUGCGGUGUAAUACACUGCCUGACACAGGAAGACGGAAGCCCCAGGUGAAUCAGAAGGAUAACUUCUGGCUGGUGACAGCACGUUCUCAGAGUGCCAUAAACAACUGGUUCACAGAUCUGGCUGGAACUAAGCCCCUGACUCAUCUUGCUAAGAAGGUGCCCAUCUUUAGCAAGAAGGAAGAGGUCUUUGGUUAUUUGGCGAAAUACACCGUUCCAGUAAUGAGAGCAGCCUGGCUCAUCAAAAUGACUUGUGCCUAUUAUGCUGCCAUCACAGAAACCAAGGUGAAAAAGCGUCAUGUCAUUGAUCCCUUCAUUGGUAAGCACUUUGUGGGGAGCACUGGUUUUGUCCGUCCCAGAUGGUUCCUUCUCAGCCUGAUCUUGACUGAAUGGACACAGAUCAUCACCAAGUACCUGUCAGAGCAGCUGCAGAAAAUUGCGGAGUUCUAUAGACAGCUCCCAGGGCAAGGCUGUGGUUCACCGUCUGGGCCAAUGCCCCAAGAGGUGGAACAAGCUUUGAAGCAGUGGGACUACAAUGAGAAACUAGCUAUGUUCAUGUUCCAGGAUGGCAUGCUGGACCGGCAUGAAUUUCUGACGUGGGUCCUUGAGUGCUUUGAGAAGAUACGGUCAGGAGAAGAUGAGUUUCUGAAAAUGCUCCUGCCCCUGCUGCUACGGUACUCUGGAGAGUUUGUGCAGUCUGCAUACCUGUCCAGACGUCUGGCCUACUUCUGCACCCGCAGGCUUGCUAUGCAGCUGGAUGGUGCUGGUGGGCACCCACCCCACAUCCUAUCUGCUCAGACAGGGAACACUCUUCCUUCAACUCCCACCCCUCAGCCAGCUGCAGGGAAUCCUUCUCCCAGCCCUUUCAGCGACCUACUGCUGUGCCCCCAGCAUCGGCCAGUGGUAUACGGACUCAGCUGCAUACUCCAGAGUAUAAUUUUGUGUUGCCCAAGUGCCCUUGUGUGGCAUUACUCAUUGACUGAUAGCAGGAUAAAGACUGGUUCUCCAUUGGACCACCUGCCUAUAGCCCCAUCCAACUUGCCCAUGCCAGGAGGAAAUUCAGCCUUUACACAGCAGGUUCGGGCAAAGCUUCGUGAAAUUGAGCAGCAGAUAAAGGAACGUGGCCAGGCUGUGGAGGUUCGCUGGUCCUUUGACAAGUGUCAGGAAACCACAGCAGGUUUCACUAUUGGCCGUGUCUUGCACACUUUAGAAGUUCUGGACAGUCACAGCUUUGAAAGAUCUGACUUCAGCAACUCUUUGGAUUCCUUGUAUAACAGGAUAUUUGGGCUGGGUCCAACCAAAGACAGUCAUGAGAUCUCCCCAGAGGACGAUGCAGUGGUGGCCUUGUUGUGCGAGUGGGCUGUCAGCUAUAAACGCUCUGGACGCCACAGGGCUAUGGUUGUGGCCAAACUCCUGGAGAAGCGUCAAGCAGAGAUAGAGGCUGAGAGAUGUGGGGACUCUGAAGUUGUGGAUGAGAAGGGCUCCAUCUCCUCAGGCUCUCUCUCAGCAGCCAGUGCUCCUGUCUUUCAGGAUGUCCUUAUGCAGUUCCUUGACACUCAAGCUCCUAUGCUAACUGAUCCUGGGAAGGAAAAUGAGAAGGUGGAAUUCUUUAACCUGGUGCUGCUGUUCUGUGAGCUAAUCCGACAUGAUGUCUUCUCUCACAACAUCUACAUGUGCACGCUCAUUUCCCGAGGUGAUCUUGCCAUGGAUUCUCAUGGGCCACGCCCACCCUCGCCCUUUGAUGACCCUGCUGAGGAGCAUGACAGGAAGGAGACGGAGGGAAGCAGUGGCAUCAAGCUAGAGGACACAGGUCUUUCUGAGCCCAUGGACAUUGACCACAACUCCAGCAUGCUCUUUGAUGACAUGGAGAAGACAGACUUUUCGAUGUUUUCUCCUCCAAUGCAUUGUGAAUCUAAAGCCAGCCCUUCCCCUGAGAAACCAGAUCCUGAAAAGGAAGCAAAGCCUUUGCUGAAGGAUAAGUCUGUGGAAGGAAUGCUAGCAUCCCUGUAUGACCAGCCUCGGCACAUCCAGUAUGCAACACACUUUCCUAUUCCUCAGGAAGAGUCAUGCAGUCAUGAGUGUAACCAACGGUUGGUAGUUCUUUUUGGGGUUGGAAAACAACGGGACGAUGCUCGGCAUACGAUCAAGAAAAUAACCAAAGACAUUCUAAAAGUCUUAAACAGAAAGAGCACUGCAGAGACGGGUGGAGAGGAAGGCCAGAAGAGGAAAAAGAGCAAGCCAGAAGCAUUCCCAACAGCUGAAGAUAUCUUUGCAAAGUUCCAGCACCUUUCUCACUUUGAUCAGCACCAAGUCACAUCUCAGGUAUCUCGCAAUGUCUUGGAACAGAUCACCAGCUUUGCCUUGGGAAUGUCAUACCACCUGCCUCUGGUACAGCACGUGCAGUUCAUAUUUGACUUGAUGGAGUAUUCACUCAAUAUCAGUGGUCUUAUCGACUUUGCCAUCCAGUUGCUGAAUGAACUGAGCGUGGUGGAGGCAGAACUGCUGUUGAAAUCCUCUGACCUUGUUGGUAGCUACACCACCAGCUUGUGCCUGUGCAUCGUGGCUGUGCUGCGGCACUACCACUCCUGCCUUAUAUUGAACCAGGACCAGAUGGCUCAGGUCUUUGAAGGUCUGUGUGGGGUGGUGAAACAUGGCAUGAACCGCUCAGAUGGCUCCUCAGCAGAGCGCUGUAUCCUGGCAUAUCUCUACGACCUCUAUACCUCCUGCAGUCACCUCAAAAGUAAAUUUGGGGAGCUCUUUAGUGACUUCUGCUCCAAGGUGAAGAACACAAUCUACUGCAAUGUUGAGCCAUCUGACUCCAACAUGCUGUGGGAACCAGAGUUCAUGAUUGACACUAUUGAAAAUCCAUCUGCACAUAAUUUUACAUACACCAACCUGGGCAAGAGCCUCAAUGAAAACCCAGCCAACCGUUACAGUUUUGUCUGUAAUGCACUCAUGCAUGUAUGCGUGGGACACCAUGAUCCAGACAGGGUGAACGACAUUGCUAUCCUGUGUGCUGAGCUAACUGGCUACUGCAAGUCUCUAAGUGCCGAGUGGCUGGGUGUGCUCAAAGCUUUGUGCUGUUCCUCCAAUAAUGGGACCUGUGGCUUCAAUGAUCUCCUCUGCAAUGUUGAUGUCAGUGACUUAUCUUUCCACGAUUCCUUGGCCACCUUUGUUGCGAUUCUCAUUGCCCGGCAGUGCUUGCUGCUGGAGGACCUGAUUCGCUGUGCUGCUAUUCCCUCACUCCUCAAUGCUGCCUGCAGCGAACAGGACUCAGAACCAGGAGCACGUCUGACCUGCCGGAUUUUACUCCAUCUGUUUAAGACUCCACAGCUGAACCCAUGCCAGCAAGAUGGCAACAAACUCAUGGUGGGAAUCCGCUCUUCCUGUGACCGUCACUUACUGGCAGCUUCCCAGAAUCGUAUUGUGGAUGGAGCAGUCUUUGCAGUGCUGAAGGCUGUCUUUGUUCUUGGAGAUGCAGAACUGAAAGGCUCUGGCUUUUCCCACCCUGGAGGUGUCGAUGAUCUCAUGGAUGAUGAGCUGGGCACCAGGAAGUCCGGUAGUCGGGUAGUAACUGUAGAAACAGCUAGCUUGGAUAUUUAUGCCAAGUAUGUACUAAGGAGUAUAUGUCAACAGGAGUGGGUAGGUGAGCGAUGUUUGAAGUCCCUCUGUGAAGACAGCAAUGACUUACAGGAUCCUGUCCUGAGCAGCACACAGGCCCAGAGGCUGAUGCAGCUGAUUUGUUAUCCACACCGGCUGCUGGACAAUGAGGAAGGAGAAAAUCCUCAGCGGCAGAGGAUUAAACGCAUCUUACAGAAUCUGGACCAGUGGACCAUGAGGCAGUCCUCACUGGAGCUGCAGCUCAUGAUUAAGCAGACGGCAAACAAUGAGAUGAACUCCUUGUUAGAAAAUAUAGCCAAGGCCACUAUUGAGGUAUUCCAGCAGUCAGCAGAAACCAGCUCUGCUAGCUCUGCUGGCAAUGGAGUCAACAAUAUCAGUAGCUCAGCAAGUGCUACACCUGCCAGCAACAAAUCCAAACCCAUCCUCAGCUCCCUGGAGAGAUCAGGAGUGUGGCUGGUGGCCCCUUUGAUUGCCAAGCUUCCAACAUCAGUGCAGGGCCAUGUGCUGAAAGCUGCUGGAGAGGAACUGGAGAAAGGACAACAUCUGGGGUCAUCAUCCCGCAAAGAGCGGGACCGCCAGAAGCAGAAGAGCAUGUCCCUCCUGAGCCAGCAGCCAUUUCUAUCACUGGUGCUAACAUGCUUGAAAGGACAGGAUGAGCAGCGGGAAGGCCUCCUCACCUCUCUGUACAGUCAGGUCCAGCAGAUUGUUACGAAUUGGCGGGAAGAUCAGUACCAAGAUGACUGCAAAGCCAAGCAGCUGAUGCAUGAGGCCCUGAAACUACGAUUGAAUUUGGUAGGGGGAAUGUUUGACACAGUUCAACGCAGUACACAGCAGACGACUGAAUGGGCUGUGCUUCUCCUGGACAUCAUCAGCAGUGGCACCGUGGACAUGCAGUCAAACAAUGAGCUCUUCACCACCGUGUUGGAUAUGCUGAGUGUUCUCAUCAAUGGCACCUUGGCUGCUGAUAUGUCCAGCAUUUCUCAGGGCAGCAUGGAAGAGAACAAGCGGGCAUACAUGAAUCUUGUCAAGAAACUCAGGAAAGAGCUGGGGGACCGGCAAUCCGACAGCCUGGAGAAGGUGCGACAGCUACUGCCACUUCCAAAGCAGACCCGGGAUGUCAUCACCUGUGAACCUCAGGGAUCCCUCAUUGACACCAAAGGCAAUAAAAUAGCUGGAUUUGACUCCAUCUUCAAGAAGGAGGGUUUGCAGGUCUCUACAAAGCAGAAGAUUUCCCCUUGGGAUCUGUUUGAGGGCUUAAAGCAUUCAGCCCCCCUCUCCUGGGGAUGGUUUGGGACAGUCCGGGUGGAUCGCAAGGUGUCUAGAUUUGAGGAGCAGCAGAGGCUUCUUCUGUACCACGCACACUUGAAACCCAAGCCCCGCAGUUACUACCUGGAGCCGUUGCCACUGCCCCCUGAAGAGGAAGAGCCUCCUACACCUGUGGCUUUAGAGCCAGAGAAGAAAGCUGUGGAACCAGCCAAGGCUGAUAAAACAAGCUCUAAUCCUGCCACCUCUACUGAGGAACGUAAGAAAAAACAGAGCAAAACCAAGAAACGCAACCAAUCUGCCAGCAAAACUGAGGAUUUUGUGUUGGGCCCUAGCCGAGGGGUUUCAUAUGGAGUUGGUAUGCCUACAGAUCUCUUGCACCACCAGUCAGGAAGCACUAUAUCAAGGCUGGCAUAUGGGCAGUCACCAGUGGGUCUCUAUGCCCAGAAUCAGCCUCUUCCAGCAGGUGGCCCUCGCCUGGAUACAUCCUACAGACCAGUACGCAUGCCACUGGGGAAACUUGUUCAGAGUCGUCCUCCCUACAGUGGUGUGCUGCCUCCAGGGAUGGGGACCAUGAUGGGCAUUGACCCCUCCUACAAGCCAGCAGUAUACAGACAGCAGCCUCCAGUGUCCCAGGGACAGAUACUGAGGCAGCAGCUUCAAGCAAAGCUGCAGGGACAAGGCAUAAUGGGACAGCAGCCUGUGCGCCAGAUGGCUCCAACCCCAUCCUAUGGAGCACUGCAGCCCUCCCAGGGUUACACACCUUAUGUCUCCCACAUAGGCCUUCAGCAGCACCCCUCCCAGUCAGGCACGAUGGUACCUCCUACCUAUUCUGGCCAGCCCUAUCAGAAUUCUCACCCCAGCUCUAAUCCUGCCCUGGUAGAUCCUGUUAGACAGAUGCAGCAGAGACCAAGCGGCUAUGUACACCAGCAGGCCCCUGGCUAUGGGCACACCUUGGGCACCACACAGAGAUUUCCUCACCAGUCAAUACAGCAGGCUCCUAUGAUGAGUGGGAUGAAUCAUUUGGGUCCACAAGGAGUCCCCUCAGGAGUUCGACCCAGCCAGAUACUGCCUGACCAGCAACAGCAGUACCUGAGGCAGCAGCAGCAGCAGAUGCUGAGGCAGCAGCAGCAGCAGCAGCAGCAGCAGCAGCAGCAGCAACCCCAGGUCUCCACGGUGCCUCAGCCACAGGCGCAGGGCCAGCCCCCAGGGCUGGGGAUGCAGGCUCUUACCCCUCAGCAGCCCAUUUUCCAGCGCCAGGGCCUUCAGCAGACGCAGCAGCAGCAGCAAACAGCUGCUCUGGUUCGACAGCUUCAACAGCAGCUUUCCAAUACACAGACACAGCAGAACAACAACCCGUUUGGACGCUAUUGAUCUGUGGCAUUUCAGCCUGAUCCAGGAGGGGGAGAUAUCACUGUGGACUGGAGACAGCCUCUUCAGCCUCACCCACAAAUGGGGGCUGCUGCCAACCUCUGUCCUUGGCCUGUGCCCCCAGUGCUGCUGCUGCCUGUCUCACAGGAGAUGCCAGGAGGAUGGUUUUAUUGUACAGAGAAAGUGUUUUUACUAUCCAAUUUCUACAAAUGUUUAUGGAGAUCCCUUGUGGCUGAUAGUCUCCCUUCUCACUUUGGUUUCAGUUUUUACUCAGUUUUUAGUAUUUUUGUUAAAAUAAUGAUUAAGACAUUGUAAAAUUUUGUACUUUAUUUAUACCAGAUGAACCCCGUACCCCAGACGUUCUUGGAUGAAUACAGAGAGCUUACUUUGCAAAAGGA